GAUGCGACUGGUAGCCUCAGAGUAUUCUAUUGCCCAGAAGGCAGGAACCAUAGUCAGGUGUGUCAUUGCUGAAGGAGAUCUGGGCAUCGUGCAGAAGACCUCAGCCACAGACCUGCAGACCAAAGCAGACCGCUUGGUGCAGAUGAGCAUAUGCUCUUCCCUGGCACGGAAGUUCCCUAAACUGACAAUAAUAGGGGAGGAGGACCUGCCUCCUGGGGAAGUGGAUCAAGAGCUGAUUGAAGACGGGCAAUGGGAGGAAAUCCUGAAGCAGCCGUGUCCAUUGCAGUAUAGCGCUAUCAAAGAGAAAGACCUUGUGGUUUGGGUUGACCCCUUAGAUGGCACCAAGGAAUACACUGAAGGUCUUCUUGACAAUGUUACUGUUCUUAUUGGGAUUGCUUAUGAAGGGAAGGCCAUUGCAGGCAUCAUCGACCAGCCAUAUUACAACUACCAGAACAAUGAAAAGGAGAAGUUAAGGGAGCAGAGGAAGGAAGUGAAGGCUGGCCCAGAUGCUGUGCUUGGCAGGACCAUCUGGGGAGUUCUGGGUUUGAGUGCUUUUGGGUUUCAGUUGAAAGAAGUGCCUGCCAGGAAGCACAUCAUCACAACCACCAGGUCCCAUGGCAACAAGCUAGUCACAGACUGCGUGUCAGCCAUGAAUCCCGACAAUGUGCUUCGAGUCGGGGGAGCAGGAGACAAGAUCAUCCAGCUGAUUGAAGGCAAAGCCACUGCUUAUGUAUUUGCGAGUCCUGGCUAUAAGAAGUGGGAUACUUGUGCCCAGGAAGUUAUCUUACAUGCUGUGGGAGGGAAGUUGACAAACAUCCACGGGAAUGCCCUCCAGUACAACAAGGAGGUGAAGCACAUGAACUCUGCAGGAGUCCUGGCUGCACUGAGGAAUUACCAGUACUAUGCUAGCCGAGUUCCAGAGUCUGUGAAAAAUGCACUGACUCCCUGAGGGGCUGUUUCCCUGGAGGACUUGGUUCUCACAGUAACAUGUCUUAGAACUGAAUUAGAGCUCAUUGACCAGUGAUUUGUAUCAGUAGUUAGGGACAGAAGAGGCAUUAAAAAUUUU